AUGAAGGCUUCAACCCAUUGUCCUGAAAGUUCUCCACCAGCGCUCCCUCCUGCAGGACAAAGAAACCAUCUCGCUGUUAGAAUGGAACCGGUGAUCACCCGCACUCACGGCCACAAUCUCUCAGCGCUCCCCGUCUUCAACUCCAGCUGCCGCUUCGACGAGGAGUUCAAAUACAUCCUCCUGCCCGUCUCCUACAGCCUGGUGCUUGUGGUCGGAUUUGUGCUGAAUGCAGCCGCCCUGUGGAUGUUUCUGAAGAUGCGUCCGUGGAACCCCAGCACCGUCUUCAUGUUCCACCUGGCUCUCUCCGACUUCCUCUAUGUCAUCUCCCUUCCCACGCUCAUCUACUACUACGCCAACCGCAGCCACUGGCCGUUUGGCGUCGCCGCGUGCAAAAUCGUGCGUUUCCUUUUCUACGCAAACUUAUACUGCAGCAUCCUCCUCCUCACGUGCAUCAGUGUGCACCGCUACCUGGGUAUUUGUCAUCCCAUUAAAGCUAUGACCCUGGUAAAGCCUCGCCAUGCCCAUUUGGUGUGUGGGUUGGUGUGGGCUGUGGUCACUGUGUGCCUUGUGCCAAAUCUGAUUUUUGUUACUACCUCCAGGAGGGACAAUGACACGCUUUGUCACGACACGACCAGCCAGGAUGCUUUCAACGAGUAUGUGGACUAUAGCUCUGUGGUCAUGGUGCUGCUGUUUGGGGUCCCAUUCACUGUCAUUGUGGUGUGCUAUUGCCUCAUGGCCAGGUCACUGUGCAGACCCAGAGUGGGAUUAUCUGCCAGUCAGCAAGGGAAUGCCUCUCGUCAGAAGUCUAUUAAGCUGAUCAUAAUCGUGCUGGUGGUGUUUGCGAUCAGCUUUGUUCCCUUUCACGUCACAAGAACAAUAUACUACACUUCCCGCGUGCUCGAUGCCAACUGUGAAUUCCUCAACGUGGUCAACUUCACGUACAAAAUCACCAGACCGCUGGCCAGUGUCAACAGCUGCAUAGAUCCCAUUCUAUAUUUUCUGGCAGGAGACCAUUACCGCUCCAAGCUUUUGUCCGUUCUGACGGGAAAAAGGCGACCCAUGAACAGCCUGGUCCAACAGCGGAGUCAAACACAUCCCAACAAUAACAUUGGUCUGGACUCACAGAAUAUAACUAUUAAAGAGGUGGUGACGGCGAUGAGCUAG